AAAUGCCAGUGGAUGUCCUUGCAACUUUGCUUCGCCUUUCCUGGUGUCUCUGACUGCAGGGUACCCCACAUAAUAAAUAAACGAAUUCGAGUAAAACAAAAUGUGGUUUGUCCUUCUUUUAGCAGCUUUGCAUGGAGCGUCAACGAUCGCAAAUCAUUGCAUUCCGAAUAUGGUUUCAUAACGAUGAAGGAAGGCACGAACAUCGUUGCUCUGACAACUAUCAUGAACAACGGCAACACCUACGUAAAGUCCCUUUCAUUUGCGAGGGAUAUUCUAUUACUCGGAGGCAAAUUCGAACCUGCAACAUCGUUGCCCCUAACUCUGAAACAGAGCUGUUCUGAUUUGGGUCUCUCGAAUGACUUAACGAAGGCGAAUUGA